CCUCCUCACUCAGAGCAGGGCUCCGUCCCCGCCAAGUGAUGCUCCGAGGCGGCGCUCAUCGGUGGCUUCUCACCGCCCGCUGCACGGAGGACCUCUCCGCUCCGGCUGGUUGUUUCUCCUCUGGAAAUAGCAGUGAAGGACGGCACAACAUGGGAAUGUAACCGGGCUCAUGAGAGAGUGAGCUGGAGGAGGGUAGGACGACGAAGAAGCACUCAAGUCCCUUUCGAGAGGAGAGGAGAGAGGCAGGAGGAGGAGGGGGAGUCCGGGGAAACGGUCCCGCUGGGACGGGGGAACGGUUUUACGUUGUUUUAAAUUAACCUAUUUCUGCUGUUUGGUUGAGAACAUCAAAGGAUUUAAACGAAGGGUUCUUGGAGUGUCGGUCCUCUGUUUGUGAUGGAGUGAGGAGCUUAUGGUAACUUAAGCCUCGCCAUGAAAUCAGUGUUUUUCAGCCGCUUCUUCAUCCUGCUGCCCUGGGUCCUGAUUGUCAUCAUCAUGAUCGAUAUCGACAGUAAAAGGGCGAUCCGGACUCCAGGAGUCGGGCGGACCGGCAGGGUUCAGCGGGCUGCCCGGACCGGCACACCGGGGGGGACCGGCACCCAGAACCAGUCCGCUCUCCCGGUUAUCUACGCCAUCACCCCGACUUACACCCGUCCGGUGCAGAAAGCGGAGCUCACCCGUCUGUCCCACGCCUUCAGGCAGGUGCCCCGGCUGCACUGGAUCGUAGUGGAGGACUCGACCACUAACACGGAGCUGGUGGCGCGCUUCUUGGCGCGGUGCGGCGUGCCGUACACUCACCUGCACGUGUUCACUCCUCGCAGGUUCAAGCGCACCGGGAUGCCACGCGCCACUGAACAGAGAAAUGUGGCUCUAACGUGGCUCCGCCAGCACCGGAACAGGCGGGACACCGGGGUGGUGUUCUUCGCGGAUGAUGACAACACAUACAGCCUCGAGCUGUUUGAGGAGAUGCGUAGUACUCGAGGUGUUUCAGUUUGGCCUGUGGGAUUUGUAGGCGGCAGAGCGUACGAGCGGCCCCUGGUAUCUGGGGGUAAAGUCGUGGGCUGGUACACCGGCUGGAGACCGGACCGACCCUUCGCCACAGACAUGGCAGGGUUUGCAGUAAACCUCCAGGUGAUCCUGGCCAACCCGCGGGCUCAGUUCAAGCGCCGCGGCUCCCAGCCGGGGAUGCAGGAGUCUGACUUCCUCAAGCAGAUCACCAAGGUUACCGAGCUGGAGCCAAAGGAAAAUUGCACCCGGGUGCUGGUUUGGCACACUCGCACAGAGAAACCGCACCUCGCCAAUGAGCCCAAACAUCGGAAAGACACUGUGGUCAUCGAGGUGUGAGCAGCAGAUCCAGAGCUGAACGCGCCUGCCAGUCUCCUCCUGGCUGGGACUAACGGCAGCCCCCCCCCACCCCCCCGGGACCGAUGCAAUCUGUUCACUGACUCUGAGGAGCUGCAUGAUUCAAGGCUGUGUGUCAACAGUGCUUCGCAGGAACUAAGACAACACUGAAUAUGUUUCACACUGGAAAGACUGGGACCACUCGUUUCCUCCACUCACGGGUCGUUGAUGUGAAAAAACAGAAGUAUAAACGUCAAAAAUGUUGCAAUGUGAAUAACUCAUGUCAUUUAAUCAUUAAUACAUUAUUGUCAAAUGAACUGAGUCUGUACAAAUAAUUACAAUAAACGCGACUUGUGGUCCAGAUAAUAAAUGUGUAUGAA